AUGUAACAAAUAAAAACCAACAUUAUUAUCUCAAUCGAAGUUCUCAUCACAUUUUAGUCAGUAACUUUAGAGGAUAAAUUAGACUUUUCCAAUUUAUCAUUCUUAAUCAUAAAAAGUUUAAUAUAUAUUUAAAUGAUUAAACACAAUGUGAAACUAAAAUCUCCCAAAUAAGAUGUUGUCCAAACAUAUGCUUCUCCAAAAUCAACAUUCUACAUCACCAGAAAAUUAGUUUAAACUAACAGCGAUAGGUCAAUCAAGUUACUUAAUUACAAAAAGCUAGACAUCUAAAAAAUACAGAAUUAAUAAACUUAUUCCGAAUCAAGAGCUUAAACUACUGUUGAUUACAGAAGUCUGUCAACAAUUCCAACUCACACAAAGGGAUAAUUAUCUCAAAAUAUUGAGUAAUAAUCAUAUGGGAUUAAUACAGAAAGGCAAUAAUCGGCUAGCAUACUAUCUUCAGAACUUAUCACUAAUCGUUUACCAAAAACAAAUAGAGUUGUAUCGCUUUAUUAACUUACAACUUUAAAUCCUUAGCCAUUUAAAAAUGAAUUAGUAAAUGAUGUGUAAGGAUUGAGUCCUUUUUAAUACAGAUCGAAGACUAGGAUCAAUUCAAUGAUGGGGGAAUUAAUAAAGUUGAAUCAAAUUGAAGAGGAAAUGGUAGAUAAUACUCCCAUUCAAUUUAAACAAGGUGGUAAUAUCAGAAAAUCUAUUUUUAUGACUACUAAUUAUUCAACUUAUUAAAAAAUGUCAAAAGUUAAAAUAAGAAAUAAAUAAUAAAAUAAUUAAAAAUAAUAAAUAUUUCUCUCCAAAGUAUUAAAGAAUAUAAAAGAUUAUCAAAACGAAAAAUCAGAAUCAAAGCAGCUCUUAAGAAAAUUUUCUUAAAUUUGGAAAGAAAAUUUCUCUUCAACUUAAUUUUAAGAUUAAUAACAAUAUAGGAAAUCUUCUUAAUAAUUUAAGCUCUAUUUUAAUUAAUUUAUUGAAAAAUUAUUAAAUAAACAUAUAAUUUAUUAGUAUAUACUUGAAACCCUUGAGUGGAUAAAACAAUAAAAUGAAAAAGCUAAAAAGAAAAAAAAUCAAUUAAUUCAUGAGUAAAGAAAAAUGUAUAUAAAGAAUCACAAAUUGAAGUGUGUUCAAACUGAGAUAUAUGAUCAGAAAUUUAGGUAUAAAUAGGAUAUAAAAUCAUUUGGGAUGAUAGAUAUUUUAAGUGAAAUUUAGGUAGAUGAAAUAAAUGAUAUUUCAGAAUCAGAAUAAGAAUAAGAAGAGCCUAAAAUAAAAUAAGUAGAGUAUUUCACAACUUAUCUAUCGAGCUGCUAAACUAGCUAUCACAUUGAUCCUAUAAUAUCAAUAUUGGAUAACUAAACAAAAAAUGCCCUUUUAUCAGUUGAUUAUACUGAUUUAGAUUAAUUGAUUUAUAAAAACAACAUUGAAGAGUCUAUACCAUAGAUUCAAUCAGAAAAUUCUCAAGUGAAAAGAUUUGUAUCUGCCCUUUACUAUUAAUACUACUCAGACAUUUUAAUAGGAGGUUAUAUUAAUUUAGAUCAGUUAACUGAUCUUGAAGAUAACAAUUAUUUUGAAUAGCAAUAAUAAUUGAUUCCCCCAAAUUUGGACAAGAAAGCCAUGCUAUUGAAUUUGCGAAGAAAAACAAGAGAGGCAAAAAUUUAGGGAAGAAGAUCACAUUUAUUUGAAAAUCAAGAACCUUAAUAAUUUUCUAAUAUUUUUCUUUUGUCAAAUCAAAAUUCAAAUAAUGUAGUCUUAAAUGUUCCUAAUAAAAUUAUAUAGAGAAGAAUGAGUAAAUCAAUGCAUAAUUUAAACUCAGAUCAAAUUUUUGAAGAUGUAUAAGAUAUUAAUAAAAGUUUAUAAAUGGAUAGUAUAAUAAAAGAUUUCAACUUGAAGACUAUUAAAUAUAAAUAAUAAUUGAGAUUAUAGAAUUUGUAGUUAUUUGAGCAAAUUAUUAAAAAGGAAAGUUCUUAAACACAAUUGGUUUAAAUGAUGAUUGAACAUAAUCUAUUUGAUGAGUUGAAAGAAUUCUUGAGAUCGCAUCCAAAUUUUUCUUUAAACUAAAGAAAUAUAGCAGGAAAACCAUAUAUUAUGCUUGCAGCGCAAUCUGGGAAUGCCGAGUUGGUGUAGUACAUGAUGAGUUUAAAUGUGCAAGUCAACAAUAAGGAUUUAGAUGGAAACACUGCACUUCAUUAUGCAGUUGCUUUAGGAUACUAUCGUGUAGCCGAUAUACUAUUAGAAAAUGGAGCCAAUCCAUACAUUAAAAAUAGAUGCAAUUAAAAUCCAUGGAACUGGAAUUAAUAAGUUCCAAAAUAUGUUUGUUGA